AUGGCAAAAAUCGCAUCAAUCAGAUACUACCGUGUAAAGCCACGAUGGCUCAUGGUGAAAGUCGUCGACGAAAAUGGUCAACAUGGAUGGGGUGAGGCGACGCUUGAAGGACAUGAUCUUGCUGUUGAGGGGUGUCUGGAUGAGAUGAUUCCGAGGAUUGUUGGACAAGAGGCCAAUGAUAUUGAGAAUAUCUGGCAGACGUUUUGGCGACACAACUUUUAUCGCGGCGGACCGGUUUUCAUGUCUGCCAUGUCUGGAAUUGACAUUGCACUAUGGGAUCUGAAAGGCCGUAACUUGAAGGUUCCUAUUUAUGAGCUCCUAGGCGGCAAAGUAAGGAACAAAGUCCAAGUAUACUGUUGGAUCGGCGGCGACCGUCCCUCAGAUGUCGAAGCAGCAGCCAAAAAACGUCUCGAGCAAGGCCUAACAUGUGUAAAAAUGAACGCCACCGAAGAUCUGGGCUGGAUAGACUCUCCCUCCGCCCUCGACAGCACCGUCGAACGUCUCAAACAAGUAAAAGCUCUCGGUCUCGACGCCGGUCUCGAUUUCCACGGUCGCUGUCACAAAGCCAUGGCGAAACAACUCGCUCGAGCACUAGAGCCGCACAGACCUUUAUUCAUUGAAGAGCCGAUUCUCGUGGAACAUCCUGAAGCAAUCAAGAAAUUAUCUGAUCAGACGGUGAUUCCUAUUGCUUUUGGGGAACGGCUGUAUACGAGAUGGGAUGUCAAGCGUUUUCUUGAAGAUUCAAGUGUUGAUAUUCUUCAACCGGAUAUAGCACACGCAGGCGGUAUUUCCGAAACGAAGCGCAUAGCUACCAUGGCGGAAGCAUACGACGUCGCUAUAGCGCCGCAUUGCCCAUUAGGACCUGUCGCUUUUGCAGCGUCUGUGCAGGUAGCCCUUUCAACGCCGAAUUUUGCUAUUUUGGAGAUGAGUUUGGGAAUGCAUUAUAAUACGGAAGCUGGGGAUAUUGAUUUACUUACGUAUCUCAAGGAUCCUAGUGUUUUUGAUUUGGAGGGUGGUCAUGUAAAGGCGCCGACGGGGUAUGGAUUGGGUAUUGAGAUUGAUGAGGCGAUGGUUAUUAGGAUUGCGAAGGAGACGGAGCCUUGGCAGUGUAAGACCUUCCAUGGGCCUGAUGGAGGGAUUCGCGAGUGGUAG